GCUGUCCCGCGCGGCGGGCCCUGCUGGCCUGGCGCCGCCUCGCGGCUCGCCUGGCGCAGCGGCCUGGACUUGGCGGGCCUGCGCGAAGGCCCGGCGGCGGAGGCACCCCGCGGCCAGGGCCUCCUCGGCCCGCUCGCGGCCGCGGCCCGGCGCGCGCGGCCGGCCUGCUCCCGCAGGGCCGGCGCCGACGCGCGGCCGGCGGUGCGGCGGAG